GGUAUAUACGCAACGGAUGACGUGUGCGACCUCAGCAUGGGCCUCCCCCUUGUUCCUUUUUUCACUCAGGCAUGCUUCAGCUCUCCACUCACGAACAGUUGCGACACACUGUACACAGUACAGGGCAGAUUACAUAGCACGGAUGAACCCUUCGUUCCAACGGCACGCGGCCGAUCGCGAGCCAGCAGUCGUGCACUCUCGAAGCCCGCCGACGCCGAAACGGGCAACGCCACCACAUGGUUGUCCCCAGGGGGCCGCGGAUUCUGGUCGCCGUGGCGCUGAUCUGCUUCGUCGCUCUCGUCGUCACCUUCCUCCACCGCGAUGCGUUCGCCAACCUCCGACUCCGCCCCGACUCUCUGUGGCCGUCGACACACACGCCCGCCGCCGACGAUGACGAUGAGCACAACAACACUACGGCGCUCGACCCCAACGCGCACAGGCUGCCGUCGGCCGACUCGUUCCACGCCCACUUCGCCGCCGUGACGCGCCUCAAGGGCAUCACCAUGGCCGAGGCGAAGGCCGGGUGCCACUGGCCCGACGGGCAGUUCGUGAACUUCCAGUUCGUGCCGGACGUCGAGUGGGUCGUGAAAGACCGGUCCGACGAGGAGAUCGCGGCACGCCGCAGGGCGUGGCAAGAAUACGUCGACGGCCGGAGCCGGGACGAGAGCUUGAUCCCGUGGGAGGAGGUGAAGGACAAGUUCAGCGGGAGAGGCGUGGUCGUCCUCGCGGGCAAUGACCAGACCGUGAUGCAGCUCAAGGUGGUCCUCCGGCGGCUGGCGAACCUGCGGUCGACCAUCCCGGUCGAGGUGCACUACUGGGACGACGAGAUGGACGAGGCCACGCGGGCGGAGCUCGCCGGGCUGUACCAGCCGCUGUCGUUCAACGACCUCUCGCAGCCGCACAACAUCGUCCGGGUCAAGAAGGACGGCAAGUACAUCAACUACCAGCUCAAGAACGCGGCCGUGGUCAACUCGCGCUUCGCCGAGCUGCUGCUGCUCGACUCGGACAACGUGCCGGUGCUGGACCCGGCCGUGCUGUUCGACUCGCGCGUCUACCAGGAGUACCACACCGUCUUCUGGCCCGACAUGGCGCGCACGCGGCCGCAGAACCCGGCGUGGGCGCUGACCAACACGCCGUGCCGCAUGGACGAGUACGAGCAGGAGAGCGGCCAGAUGCUGGUGGACAAGCGGCGCUUCUGGUACCACGUGCAGCUGGCCGCGUGGAUGAACCGCGGCGAGCAGGCGGCCUACUACAACGCCUUCCUGCUGGGCGACAAGGACAUGUUCCGCUUCGCGUGGCACGCGCUCAAGACCGCCUACGGCCGCCCGCGCAAGUGGCUGGCCAGCGUCGGCACGCUCAACGCGGGCUUCUUCUGCGGCCACUCGUUCGGCCAGCACCACCCGGACGACGGCCGGCUGGCCUUCCUGCACGGCGGCGCCGCCAAGUUCGCCGCCCCCGAGCUGCUGCGCUGGAACAAGGCGCACCUCGGCUACUUCCGCCACUACAAGCGCUCGCCCACCGACGAGGACCCCUCCGUCAGCGUGCGCGCCGGCAUCGUCUGGGACGAGGCCGCCUACAUGCCGAACCGCUCCGCCCAGUUCAAGGGCAUGGUGUGCAACGACAUCACCGAUGCCGAGCCCCGGAGCCUGGACGACCUGCUGCCCGGCUUCGACCGCGAGUUCGAGGCCGCCGGCGGCUACUGGAAGCUCGAGCAGGAGGGGGAGGCGGAGACGCAGGCUGCUGCUGGAGGCUAGCCCGGCAGCAGGAUACAUAAAUACUGUUAUAUUUUGUCGCGUAUUGAAAUGCAAUGCUGUCUAGAGUGUACACUAUGUAUCAUGGAAUUGUCAAAACCGUGGCGCCAUCUGACGUCGAAAGCAACUGCUCUGGCUCCGGGAGUGCGCUCAUUGGCACUGACCGCCAGGUAUAGCAGUCAGGCCAUUAUUCUUCUGCUUCGCGAUUAUUCCCGAAGGUCUCCGCUGUCACCGGUGGCCUGUCUCGCCGCUCACCAUGGCUCCACAUCCCAUCACGCCUCGGCCCGAAGGCUGGAUCGCCUUUAGGGAACCUGAAACACGCCUGGCGAAUGCCGAAUUUGCUCCGCCAUACGCCGUAUGUACUCAAGUAGCCACCUAUGGAAUUGCG